CGUUUAGGUAUUUGGAUGGCUGGGUCUCAGAUUUAUGGAUUAUUUCGCUAGCCGCCGCUGCUGCUGCGGUUUCCUGCUAACUUGGCAUGUAGGUCGGCGGCUGUCUGAUUGAAUACAGCCCGCCGGAGCUUCGACAGUCUGACAGGGUUAAAGAGAAUCGUGCGUAGGGCUUUGUUUGUGCGUCUGAAGGCGUUUCACCCCCAAUGAAUUCUGCAGAUGCCACUGAGAGGCAGAGAAGCACACACCCCAGACAGGCUCAAUGAGUAAUGAACCCUUUUUGGAGCAUGUCUACAAACGCCGGUCGUAAGAGAACUGAUGGUGAGGAGCAAGGUGGUCCAGGUGAGCAGAAAGCCAGCCCGGUACGUCCUUCUUUUGGAAAGAAACAGCUGCCCACGAUCCCUAAGAAUGCCGUUCCCGUCACUAAACCCUCCUCACCAGCUUCUGCAACUCAAGCCACCAACGGCACUCACGCCUCCUAUGGACCCUUCUACCUGGAGUAUUCGCUGCUCGCUGAGUUUACACUGGUGAUCAAGCAGAAACUCCCGGGCAUCUAUGUUCAGCCCUCCUACAGAUCUGCCUUGAUGUGGUUUGGUGUGAUUUUUAUUCGCCACGGCUUGUAUCAGGAUGGCGUUUUUAAGUUCACAGUGUACAUUCCAGAUAACUACCCGGAUGGAGAGUGUCCUAGAGUGGUAUUUGAUAUCCCAGUCUUUCAUCCACUGGUGGAUCCUGUAUCUGGAGAGCUGGAUGUGAGGAGAGCCUUCAACAAGUGGAGACGGAACCAUAACCACAUCUGGCAGGUACUAAUGUACGCACGCACAGUGUUCUACAAGAUCAACACCAUGGAACCACUCAACCCGGAGGCUGCUGUGCUGUAUGACAAGGACGUCCAGCUCUUCAAAAGUAAAGUGGUUGACAGCGUGAAACUAUGCAACAGCCACCUUUUUGACCAACCUAAGAUAGAUGAUCCUUAUGCAAUAAGCUUCUCUCCCUGGAACCCAGCUGUGCACGAAGAGGCGAAGGAGAAGAUGUUCACACACAAAAGACGGCCUGAGGAUCAACCAAAAGGCCUGCAGGUGUCCGGACUGUCUUGGGUGAAACCUGGUUCCACGCAGCCCUUCAGCAAAGAAGAGUACCCUCUGCAGACCUGAGCCUGCUGUACUAGCUGCUGGCCACCACAGGGGUGUGCUGAACUACAUCCAUGCCACUCGCACUUGCAAGGCUUGGCCCUUGCCCUUGUUGAAGACUGUAUACUCGAAGCAAUGUCACAGACUUCUCAUUUGCAAAACUUGCUCACACUCGCUCAGCUUUAAAAAAAAAAAAAAAAAGAUAGAAAAAAAAAGAAUUCUGAUAGACCUCUGCUGAAACCAGCUUUAGAUCUGUUUAAAUCAAGCUUGUGCUCCUCUGGUUUAGACCUGAAUGGAUGUCCUAGUCUCCAUGCCAAGGCAGGAAGCAGGAAUGCAAUCAAAUUGCAUAGAGCUUGAUUACUUUAGACAGCGUCAUGACUUGCACAUGUACAUUUUGGGCUUUUUCUAUAGUUUUAAGGUGCAACAGACCACCUCACAAUAUUGUGGAAGGGUUUUUCUUUUUUUUUCUUUUUUUUUUUCUUUCUUAACUUUGGUUUUAAAUCAUCGGUUCUUUGCAGUAAAUUCAUGAGGAAUGUUCAGGUGGCUGGAAGUAACUAUGGUGGGCAGUUCUGACUGCUAGGUUUUUGGAGAUCCAAGCCUUUUCUUAUACCAGUGAAAUGUAUGUUUUAUUAAUCUCAUCACAAUUUACAGUGACUGUAAUGCUGAAAUCGAUGCUUCUCGCCACUGCACAAGUAGUGCAAUUUAAUCUGAUCAAAAAAAAAAAAAAAAAGAGAUCAGAUCUGAUUUAAUCUAAUCUCAAAACUGUAUUUCCAUCAGGGGCUAGCCACAGUACACAGUAACUGGUAGAACUUUAAGGCUUGGGAUCCAAACUUCUUAAGUUCCCCGAAAUAAUAGUUUAAGGGGUUAAAAAGUGGGCCUUUAUAAAUGUCACUACUUUCUUGGACUGGUAAACUGUUUGACACUACACCUUUUUAUUUUUACCUUUGUGUGUGCGCUUUGGGGAUUAUUUUUGAUUUAACUUUGUUUUUAUUAUUAUUUUUUGUGGAUUCUUUGUUUCUCCUACGUCGUAAUAAAGUAUACUGUGUAUUUAAUAGUUUUAAUAUAUAUUGCAGAUUAAGGGGAAUACCAUUUUAAGCAAGACAAUAAGUUGUACAUCAUUUGUCUUUCCAUUAUGUUUUGAAUGUCUUAAUAAAUGGACAGAGGCGUUUGAUUUGUAAAUAGUGAAGCUUUGCGUGGAAAUGGGAGGCCUCUCCUGAGGUUUCUAAAAACCACUGGUUUAUUUAUAUACAAAUAUUAAAAAUGGUAAAAGCUUCAGUUUUUUUUCCUUCCAUUUGUCCAACUUUAGAUGGUUUGUGAUGCAUUUUAAUCACUUGCUGUUUAUUUUUGUUUUUUUUUUUUGUCCACUUUCUCACUGACAUGAAGGUUGAACUGUGUGAACAGUGAAACAAUGAGGUUUUAAAAUGCUGUUAUUUUAAUGGAAAUAAAAAAAAUAUAAAUGA